AUGUCUGAAUCAAAUUUUAGUUAUGGUGAUAAUGGUACAUUUUCACCCCCAAUGGAUGUUACCAAUCAGAUACAAAAUGGAGCUAUACAACAUACGAGCGGUAAUUCAAAUUAUUCAAGUGGUUCAGGCGGUGAUUCUCCAACGUCAUUGAGUCCACUUCCUAUGUCGUCUGGAGGACAAUUUGGUGGUAUUGGAGGCAACUCAAACUCAUCAACUAGUUCAACACCAACAGCUACGACAAGUGGUGGAAUGAGUUUAGCUGCUGCAUCGAAAUAUGCAUGUGCUAUUUGUGGUGAUAAAGCUUCAGGCAAACAUUACGGUGUUCAUAGUUGUGAAGGAUGUAAAGGAUUUUUUAAACGUACUGUACGCAAAGAUUUAACAUAUACAUGUCGAGAUAAUCGAGAAUGUAUUAUUGAUAAACGACAACGUAAUCGUUGUCAAUAUUGUCGAUAUCAAAAAUGUCUUACUGUUGGUAUGAAAAAAGAAGCCGUUCAAGAAGAACGACAAAAAUCUGGCAUGAGUGGUGAAGGUGAAUCACCAUCAUCACCUGGUGCAAGUGUUGGUAGUGGCGGUACAAAUAUGGGUUUUAGUUCAUCUGGUUCAAAUAAUGAUGAUGAAAUGUUAAUAGAAAAAUUAAUUGCAGCUGAAUUAUCAGUCGAACCAAAAAUUGAUUCAUUUCAUGAAGAAGAAUGUUCAUAUGAUCGUCUUUUAUCAACAACUAAUUCUCAACUUGCACAAUUAACUGAUUGGGCAAAACGUGUACCACAUUUUUCAACAUUAUCACUUGAUGAUCAAGUGGCACUUGUUCGAGCUUCAUGGAGAGAUAUUCUCUGUUGUUCACUUGCUUAUAGAUCGAUUAUGGCACCAGAUAGUGGUCUUAUUCUAUCGGAUGGUUCCUACGUUCGACCUCAUACAGCGGUUGAUCAAUCACUUCAAUUUUUUAUUACUCGUCUUUACCAUGACGUCGUAACAAUAAUCCGUGAAUUAAAUGUCGACAAGGUUGAAAUAACAUGUCUCAAGGCGAUAUUUCUUUUUGAUCCAGAUGCGAAAGACGUUGUUGAUACUUGUCGUGUAUCUGAAUUACGUGAAAAAGUGUGUAUGUCAUUAGCAUCUUACUGUAAAAAAGUACAUAGUGAUGAUGUAGCACGUUUUGCUAAAUUACUUCUUCGUAUGCCACCUAUACGUGGUUGGUGUAUUAAAGGUAUUGAAAAUUUAUUUUUCGCUGGUGCAGCUCGUUCAGCUGAUUCUGAUAUUAUACAAAUGAUUCGAAAUCGUCAACUUUAA